UAUGAUGGUGAUAAGCAUUUUUUGCAAAACAAUGUUUGUUACUUAAGAAUGAAUAAUUUUAAUAAUAAAAAAUAGUUGUCAUGGGAAUUAUUUUGCAGUGCUUAGAUACCAGAAAACAAUGAAAAAGUUCCAUCAUUAAGUACAAUUCCAAUAAAGCAGCUUAAAAAUGGAUGUUGUGGAAUUUCUCACACGGACCGAUAGGCGCAAUCUGAAAUCCCAAAUAGGUUUCCAGGUGGCGCGAAAGAUGCGCGACUGGCACGCGGAUGUGGACAACCGCCGUUGGAGCCUCAGUCUCCUCCUCCAGAAGGAGGCUUUGGAGGCGGAUGAGCAGAUUGCAGAGAUGCUCCAGGAGCGAGCGGAUGAAGCGGAUCGAAAGCGACACGAGUGGAUCGAAAUGGAGCGGCUGAAGCGAGAGGAGGCCGAAAUGGAGCUGGUCAAAGUUAAGACACAGCAAAGGGAGAUUGAAAACUCCGAGGCUCAUCGUCACAUGCUAACUAAGGAGAUCCUGUUGGAGUCCAAACAAGCGCAACUCCAUCAAAUCGAAGAGAAAAAGGCCCUCAAACGCCGCCAGGCUUGUGUUGAGAUUCUUUGGCAGCGGGUCUGGCAGAGAUUGGAUGAAAGUAAGGCCCAGCAGGAGCAGCAGGAGCUGAAGCUGCGGAACUUGAUUGAGAAUAGGUGCCAAGCCCACAACUUGGACAGUGACCGGGAGCAGAAGACCCAGUUCGCCAAGGAGGUGUUGGCGGACCAGCGGGAAUGUUCCCAGGCCCUGGAAGUAGCUGCAGAAAUGGAUGUGCUUAGGAAACAACAAGAUAUCAAGAAGCUGAGAGAUAAACGGCGCCAGCAACUUACUGACUUGCAGGAUCAGAUCAAACAGAAUCUCACCAUCAGCGCCACGCAAUCACAGGCCAAUAUCCGAGAGGAUGUGGGCUACAACAUCCUCGAAGACCGUCAGAUUUACGAGGAGCUCGUGGAGAAGCGUUGCGCCAGGACCCACAAUCGCGAUUGGCACCAGCAGUACAUGACGCAUACGGCUGCGGAGCGUGCCGCUCGCAGGGAAGAGGAUCGGAUGCGGGAUCGGAAAUACCUGGGCACUGGGUGUGUGCUCGACCAGCAGCAGAAGCAGCCAUACGGCAAGGAAGUCCGCUAGUACAAGUGGUGGACACUUCGUCAUCGCCAUCGAUCGGUGGGCACGCACUCCCAUGUCACGCCUCAUAUUUGGAUACCAUAUGGCAAUUAUAUUAACGCCGAUAAAUCAGGCGAUAAAUCAGCAGCGAUAAGGAAAAGCGUAUCACGCACGGGCGGCAUAAAACCAGUGAUAAUGCCCACCAUCAACGUCACCAUGGAAGCUUACCAGCCACCAACCACCAGCGGGCCAAUAUGCAAAUGCGAAAUGCCAGUACAGUCAAGCUAUUUUAGUGCACCACCAAAGAUCUGAAACACAAAGUCUAUAAGCACUACAUUAAUAAACCUUCCUAAGUUAAUGACAAAAUUGUAUUUUGGAUUUAUUGGCAAUUUGGCGACCUUUUUAAAAAUACAUUUAAAUUAAGCUACU